AUGAGUACACCAAUGGACAUUGAUCAACCUUCUGGCUCUAAAUCAAGCGGGAAAGCGAAAGAUACUGGAAGGAAACGUUUUGAAGUAAAGAAGUGGAAUGCCGUUGCAUUGUGGGCAUGGGAUAUCGUCGUUGAUAACUGCGCUAUUUGCCGAAAUCAUAUCAUGGAUUUGUGUAUAGAAUGUCAAGCAAAUCAAGCCUCCGCAACCAGUGAAGAAUGCACGGUAGCUUGGGGGAUUUGUAAUCAUGCGUUUCAUUUCCACUGUAUUUCUCGUUGGUUAAAGACUCGACAAGUGUGUCCUCUAGAUAAUAGAGAGUGGGAAUUCCAGAAAUAUGGUCGAUAA